AUGGCUUCCUCCUCGACGGUAUCAACAGUGAGCAAGCCAAGUACGGUGACGACCCCGAAAGCACCUCCUGCAAAGCCACAGAAACGACCUCGCAGGCCCAAUUACAACUACAUACACCGAAAUCUUCUCCCGAUUGAAGUCCACCCUCUGCCUGUGCUCAUUCCGCACAACCCGCUAUCUCUUGUGGCUAUUGCCUUGUCAUACCUCACGCAGAUUCUAGCUCCCCCGCGAAGGCCGACGUAUAAAGGAUAUUUCUCAUCGGCAACUUCAUCGAUCCAUGUUACAGAUGCCGAGACCAUCAGGAAGUUGUGGGAGAUGGGCUUUUUUGGUCGAGGAAGCUUGAGUCGAAGUGAGCCAACGUGGUUGGACAAUCGCAAGAAGCAAGGUGUCACGGCAGAAGAAAACACAGCUCAACGCCGACAGCAGAGAAGACAACUGAAGCAGGAACGUGCUCGGAAGGAACAAGAAGAGAUAGAGCAAAAACUGGCCGAAGAGUCCCAAGGAAACGACAAAUCUGACCAAAUCCAUUCAGAGAAUGUCCUCAAGACGAACGCUCGUGAUUUGAGCGAUAUUGGGAGUGUGUUAGAUUCGGCCAACAGUACACCAACGCCCGAAAAUGAAGAAGAUAAAGAGGGCAGUUCAAUACAUGGAUUUCACGAAUGGAAGAAUGCUAUAGAGGCCAACGGUAUUCCAACACCUCCGCCCACGUCAGCGUCGUCAGAAGCCAGCCACACAGAUGCUCGACCUAUAAAACGACUGCAGCGGACCAAGACCGUUCGUUUCUCACCCACCAUCGAGGCCCGGGAAUUCGACUUGAGCUCUCCUGUAAUUUCGCCGAUCAAGAAUCCAGGAUCGGCGCCUCUGGAAGAUGCUCAGCCCCAGCCUCAUCCCCAGACAGAGCCGAUCCACGAAAACCAAGAACACUUGAACCUAUCUCUUGAAGAGGCUUUCUUCCUAUCUUACGGUUUAGGGGUGCUUGACGUUUACUGCGACGACAGCGACGCCGUCCUACCUCCUUCUUCCCUGCUAUCUCUCUUUCGCCGCCAUUCUUACUCUCCGCCACGGAGUCUUUCGGUACCUGCGGGGCCCGACGACCCUUUCAUGUUAUCGUACGUUGUAUACCAUCAUUAUCGAUCCCUGGGCUGGGUGGUUAGGUCAGGGGUCAAGUUUUCAACGGAUUAUCUAUUGUACAAUCGAGGCCCUGCCUUUUCGCACGCCGAAUUUGCUGUCGUUAUUGUCCCAUCAUACAGUCACCCUCAGUGGAGGGAUUCACCGGAAUUUACGAAGAUGAUUGAGCACAAGACCAAGAAGUCUUGGUGGUGGCUUCACGGCGUCAAUAGGGUCCAGGCGAAUGUGCACAAACAGUUAGUUUUAUGUUAUGUCGAUAUACCACCUCCGUUUGUCGUUGGGGACGGUGACAGCAAGGGCCGGGACGUGGAUAUUGGGUUGCUUCUUUCACAGUACAGGAUUCGGGAUAUCAAUGUAAGGCGUUGGACUCCAAAUCGGAGCCGGGACUAG